CCGCGCGCCGGCGCCCGCUGCCGCGCGGCUCCGUUCCUGCUACCUCUGUGGCGGUUAUGGCGUCUAUCACCGUGAAGGCCUACCUUCUGGGCAAGGAGGACGCCGUCCGCGAGAUCCGCCGCUUCAGUUUCUGUGUCAGCCCGGAGCCCGAAGCGGAAGCCGAGGUCGCGGCCGGGCCCCGGCCCUGCGAGCGGCUGCUGAGCCGGGUGGCUGCCCUGUUCCCCGUGCUGCGGCCCGGCGGCUUCCAGGCGCACUACCGCGAUGAGGACGGGGACUUGGUUGCCUUUUCCAGUGACGAGGAACUGAUGAUGGCGAUGUCAUAUGUGAAGGAUGACAUCUUCCGUAUUUACAUUAAAGAGAAGAAGGAAUGCCGGCGGGACCACCGCCCCCUGUGUGCUCAGGAGGUGCCCCGAAACAUGGUGCACCCCAACGUGAUCUGCGAUGGUUGCAAUGGGCCGGUGGUGGGGACCCGCUACAAGUGCAGCGUCUGCCCUGACUAUGACCUGUGCUCUGCCUGCGAGGGGAAGGGCGUGCACAGGGAGCACGGCAAGCUUGCCUUCCCCAGCCCCUUCGGGCAAUUUUCCGAGGGCUUCUCUCAUAGCCGCUGGCUCCGGAAGCUGAAACACGGGCACUUCGGGUGGCCUGGCUGGGAGAUGGGCCCACCGGGGAACUGGAGCCCACGUCCUCCUCGAGCGGGGGACCCCCACCCUGGCCCCUCUGCAGAAUCAGCUUCUGGUCCAUCGGAGGAUCCCAGUGUGAAUUUCCUCAAGAAUGUAGGGGAGAGUGUGGCGGCUGCCCUCAGUCCUCUGGGCAUUGAAGUUGACAUUGACGUGGAACAUGGAGGAAAGAGAAGCCGCCUGACACCCGCCUCCCCGGGCAGCUCCAGCACAGAGAAGUGUAACUCUCAGCCCAGCAGCUGCAGCUCUGACCCCAGCAGGCCCGACGGCAACGUGGAGGCCACGGCACAGACUCUGGCGGAGCAAAUGAACAAGAUCGCCCUGGAGUCUGGGGGUCAGCCUGAGGCACAGAUGGAGUCUGAUAACUGUUCAGGAGGAGAUGAUGACUGGACUCAUUUGUCUUCAAAAGAGGUGGACCCGUCUACAGGUGAACUCCAGUCUCUACAGAUGCCUGAAUCUGAAGGACCAAGCUCUCUGGACCCUUCCCAGGAAGGACCCACGGGGCUGAAGGAAGCGGCAUUGUACCCACAUCUGCCACCAGAGGCUGACCCCCGGCUGAUCGAGUCCCUCUCGCAGAUGCUCUCCAUGGGCUUCUCUGAUGAAGGUGGCUGGCUCACCAGGCUCCUGCAGACCAAGAAUUACGACAUCGGGGCUGCCCUGGACACCAUCCAGUAUUCAAAACACCCACCGCCGUUGUGACAACGUCUGCUCACCCAUUCUGUGUCCCCUUUCUUCUCUCAUAGUUGUGUUGAGCUAGUAUAGAACCCCAGUGCCUCUAAGGGCCAGUUUCUCUGCAUUCUCUUCCAGAAUCGGGGGGUGGGGACACACGAAGCCAUUUAGGGCAGUAGAACAAGUGACCCGAGGGGGGAGUUCCAACCAGCGUCCUGUGGGCACCUGGCCCCUUGCAGCUGGGGGAGCCCCCCCGGAGCAGAGUGGGAGCCUCCUUGCUGGGGCGGGGUGCGGAGGCCACCCUGCAUCACACUCCCGCGCUCUCCCUGCAGGAUUACAUGACACCAGCAGUCCCCAAGAGAUCUUGCCUUCAUGGCCUUCUGCUAUUUCUCUUUUAAAUGACUAUAGUACACUGAUAUGUAAUUGAUUUUCUGCUAGAAAUCUAAUACACUCUGAAUUUAGCUAGAGUAUAGCCAGCGUUUUGUUGGGGCGGAGGAGGCUGCCCUGUAGUGAUUGCUAAAGGGUAGGACAGCUCGGGACUUUGGCUAAACAUCUGGGAAUAAAGAAGGGCUGACGGGAACUGAUGUUCACUAAGUAUUGCCUGUUUCACAACUAUUGUACUCCUCUCAUUUCUAAAUGUCAAUGCUUUUAAAGUAAGAAAAUCGCUUUGUAGCCAUUCUAUUUGUAAACAAUCUUAAUUAAAUGCUAUAUGCACUUUAAUCAAA